AUGGAUAGAGGUGGGCAGAACCCGGCUGACCAGAGAGGAGGGAUCGUCGAUGGACCAACGGUUUAUGUUUAUACUGUGGAGCGAGAUAACUGCCAGGCUUUAGUUGACUCAGGAGCAGAGGGCAGUUUCAUUGACAUGUCACUGGUGGCUCAGUUACUCAUUCCAGUGGUCUUGCUACCUCGUCCUAUCUCCGUCCAAGCGCUCAGCGGGCAGGAGGAAUUCGUGGACCUGUCCAAUGUGCCCAAGGAGUACCUAAACCUGAAGGAAGUGUUCAGUAACUCUCGAGCUGCCUCUCUUCCUCCACAUCAUCCCUAUGACUGUGCCAUAGACUUAUUGCCAGAGUUGAUUGAAGAAAACGAAGAGAAUGAAGAAUUGAGUGAAUCAGAGGGGAAAAAUCAGGCUAUAAUCAUAGGAAAACCUUUGAGUUGGUCUCAGACCAAACAGAAAGAUUUAAUUAAAAGAACAGCAAAGAAAUCUUUCCCCUGCACUGAGUGUGAAAGGAGUUUGAAAAGAAAGCAUAGUCUUGAGCGUCACAUGAGAGUUCAUACCGGAGAGAAACCAUUCAUUUGUGAUCAGUGCGGGAAGAGUUACAAACAGUCAUCAAAUCUUAAGGAACACAUGAACAUCCACACUGGAGAGAAACCAUACAAGUGUUCACACUGUGACAAGAGAUUCAUUCGGUCAGGAGACCUAAGAACACAUGAGAGGAUUCACACUGGAGAGAAACUGUACACAUGUGAUCAAUGCAGCAAAACAUUUUUGAUUGCUUCAUACCUGAGAAAACACCGGAAAGUUCAUACAAAGGAGAAGCCACAUUCAUGUUGUUUGUGUGGAAAGAGUUUUUCACGUUUACAAAGUUUGAGAGUACAUCAGAAAACACACACUGGUGUGAGCGAGUAUAUGUGCUUUGAGUGUGAAAAGACUUUUACUACAGUGAGCAAUUUGAAAAACCACACUGGAGAGAAACCUUACAAGUGUUCACACUGUGACAAGAGAUUCAGUGAGUCAUCAAGCCUGAAAACACAUGAGAGAAUCCACACUGGAGAGAAACCGUAUCACUGCGCUGCAUGUGGGAAGUGUUUCAAUAAUUCAUCUGCUCUACACAGACAUACAAAAACCAUUCACAGUAGGUAGAUCAUCU